AUGCACAGAGAAGAUGCAUUGGUGGCACAAGAAAAGGUAAAAACCUGGAAAGACGUGGAAAACUGCAACGAUUGUCUCCCGUUUGCCAGGUUUUGGAUGGAGGCGAUGGCGAUGGAGGCCGUCGAGACAGAGGGAGAAUGGAAAUGGGCGUGGGCCAUCUGCGCCCGGAUACCGGGAUUGACAGAACUUCAACGAAACAUGUGCCGUAGUGCACCUGAUACCAUGGUGGCCGCAGGUCAAGGCUCGAGGCUCGCCCUCGGGGAAUGCCAACGACUGUUUCGUCAUCGGCGAUGGAACUGCUCCCUGGAUACCGAUCUGUUGGCACAUUCCAGUGCUCUUCGGCUGGGGAGCCGAGAAGCGGCGUUUGCGACGGGGAUUGAAAGUGCAGGGAUGGCUUACGCGAUAACCCAAGCCUGUGCCCGAGGGAAUCUCCCCAAGUGUCGAUGUGAUACCACCAGACUUCACUAUCACCAUCGAGGUAAACUUCCACUCUUCCGCACUCGUCUCAUUCGGAGAAUUGACGUCAGGUGCAAGAACCAGGAAAACCCAAGGAGUCGGAGGCACCCUAUACCGGCAGCCUGGGUGUGGGGUGGUUGUUCCCCCGAUCUCAGUUACGGCCUGGGAUUCAGUCGUCGAUUCCUGGAUCAGAGGGAAUGGGAAUCCGAUCCCCGGGCCCUCAUGAAUCUGCAUAACAGCAAGGCCGGGAGAAAGGCCCUGAAACAAAGCCUGCAGAGGGAAUGCAAGUGUCACGGGGUCUCCGGCAGCUGCACUAUGAAGACUUGCUGGAAAACCCUCCCUCCCUUCGCACAGGUCUCUCUCCUCUCUCCCCUUCCUCGCGUUCAGAAAGCCUUCAUGCUUCUUUCCUCGGACAGAAAGCGGGUAUUCCCAGAGGAGAAGGAAAAGUUUUUCAGUCCACAUUCUAACGUGACGUUGCUGCCUGGUGCGUACCUGCCCUCGGGAUCCGCGGGCGUUGACACAUUGAUUGCCUUUGUGUACGGGUCGCCCUUGCGUGGCAAAAGAAUCGAUAGGGGAGGAGCUGAUGAGGAAGUACAUGAAGGCACGAGCGGUGAUCCCGAUGCGGAUCCAGGAAGAGAGAGAGAGCGAAGGAAGAACGAAGCAGCGACUGAGAAGGCGAACGGCUCACGAGUACGAGUUGACGCUGAGAUCGUCUCCGUCCCCGUCCCGACGGAUCAAGCAUCGGCCAAGGGGUUCCGAUCUCGUUUAUCUCCAUAAAAGCCCCAAUUAUUGCGAAUGGGACCCCGAGAACGGCUCUUACGGCACCCAUGGUCGCACCUGCAAUCGCACCUCCUCAGGGACGGAUGGCUGUGACCUCAUGUGCUGCGGUCGGGGCUACAACACUCACCAACUGACGGAAAGUGUUCAAUGCCGGUGCAAAUUCACUUGGUGUUGCCACGUGGAAUGCCACACGUGCAACAAGACCCUGGAGAUCUACACGUGCAAGUGAGAACGAAGGCAUGG